AAGUUCAGACUAUUAAGCCCAAAAUGGAUCAGCUCGGCCCAUUUUAUCCAUCCUUCACUCACAAUCUUAUCAAUUUAUCGCCGGCGAAUAGCCCUAGCGGCGGCGAGGCCGCGGCGCAAGCGCGAUAAUGGAGGCUACAAGCCCGCCCGAAGAGAAAUCAUCUGGCCAUAAUCCGAACAAGGGCCCGAAUACAAAGCACAAAAUCGUGGUGAUAAUGGGCGCUACGGGAUCAGGCAAAUCCAAAUUGGCUAUAGACCUUGCUUCUCACUUCCCCAUUGAAAUUAUCAGUGCCGAUUCCAUGCAGGUUUAUCAAGGGUUGGAUGUUCUUACUAAUAAAGUUCCUGCUCAUGAGCAAAAAGGAGUUCCGCAUCAUCUGCUGGGGACAAUAAGUCCAAAUGUUGAAUUCACGGCUAAAGACUUCCGUGAUUCUGCUAUUCCGCUUAUCGAUGAGAUUUGCUCACGUAAUCGCUUGCCUGUUCUGGUUGGAGGAACAAAUUACUAUAUCCAGGCUCUUGUAAGCCGUUUCCUAUUGGAUGAUCAUGCAGAAGAUCUCGAAGCAAACUGCUUAAUGGAUACCCAUGGUAAGAAAGACAUUUGUUGCUUUCGUUUUAGACCCGAUAUUGAACUUGAACCACCGGGUGAAGAUUGUCUUUAUACUUACAGCCGUCUGAAGGACCUCGAUCCAGUUGCAGCAAACAGAAUUCAUCCAAAUGACCAAAGGAAGAUCAAGCAAUAUCUUACUGUAUAUUCGCAUCUUGGUGUUCUUCCAAGUAAACUUUUCCAAGGGAAUACCAUGCAGAACUGGGGUCAAGCUGAUAAUUUAAGAUAUGAUUGCUGCUUUAUAUGUGUUGAUGCGUCUCUCCUGGCAAUGGAUCUAUAUGUGAACCAAAGAGUUGACGUCAUGGUUUCUACCGGUCUACUUGAAGAAGUUCGUGAUGUUUACAAGUCGAAUGCAGAUUAUACACGAGGGCUAAGGCAGGCAAUUGGUGCCCGGGAAUUUGAGGAUUUCCUAAAAUAUUGGAACUCAGAAUGUCAACAGUCGUCUGCACUCCCAGAGCUGCUCAAAGAGAACAUGCACCACAUCACGAAUUCCUCUGGUGAAGACCAACUGCUUCUCAAAUUAAGAGAAGCUGUUGAGAAAAUGAAAUUGAAUACCAGAAGACUUGUUCGUCGUCAAAAGAGACGGUUCAGUCGACUUCAAAUGCUGUUCGGAUGGAACAUACAUUUUGUAGACGUCACAAGUUGCUUGCAAGGUGCUUCCGACAAUACGUGGUCUGUGAAGGUGGUGGAACCAUCAGUUAACAUCAUCAAAUCUUUCCUUGAUACAACUGCCAGAACAGAAGCUACCAAAAUAGAUGUUGAAGACACAAAACUGGCUGACAGGGACCUUUGGACUCGAUACAUUUGUGAGGCAUGUGGCCAUAGGGAGCUUAGAGGUGCUCAUGAAUGGGAGCAACACAAACAAGGGCGCAGCCACCGGAAACGAGCUUCACGCCUGAGAAAGUUGGGCAUCUUAUCAGAGCUUUUAUUCGAACAGAUAGUCCAUCUUCUACUGAUAGUGGCCCUCGAAUGCGGCCGAUGGGACAAUAGAGAGCUAAACGAAAAUUGAAGCAAAAGGCAAAAAUGACAACUACAACUAACGAAAACAAGUGGAAGUAUAUGCAAGAGCUUAUGCUUAGACAAUUGAGCCUUCAAGAGGAACAAUUUAAGCUCCAACAUAUUGAGUUUUGUCGUAAGGAUACUAGUGGCAUGUCGGUGGCAGAACUAUAUAAUUUUAACAUGAUGGUAGCCGAGAUCAAAGCUAAAUAUGGGUGGAAGUAAUACUUUUAAGUGCCUUUUAUAUAUUUUUAAGGGGGUUUUAUCUAUUUCUGUAUUUUCAAUUAAUGUAAUUUCAAUUUUAGUAAUGUAAUUUUAAUUAUUUAUAAUAAUUACGAAGCCAUUUUAUUUUA